UCCCCUUCUCAUCUCAGUUCUCAGCGGAUAAAUAGGAGUAUCCAUCUCUUCGAAACCGAUAUGCAUUGAGUGGACAUUGUAUCUACUACCCAGUGGCGGGGCUAUAUAGCUUGUUGCAGGGAAGAUCAUAUACACUCCCUACCAUAUUCAUAGAGAUGAGCGAGAAUUUCAAUUUCAUUGGUCCUGCCCAAGUGGGGCAAUCCCAACCCCAACCCCAAAACCUUUCUAGGGCAUCAACCUCCAGGGAUGGCAACAGUGGGGCGGUUGGGCACGACAACCUCCUGCCGAUCGCCAACGUUGGGCGGAUCAUGAAGGAAGCCCUCCCGCCGCAGGCUAAGAUAUCGAAGCGCGCCAAGGAGACCAUCCAGGAGUGCGCCACGGAGUUCGUCGGCUUCGUCACCGGCGAGGCCUCGGAGCGGUGCCGCCGGGAGAGGCGCAAGACGAUCAACGGCGAUGACAUCUGCCAUGCCAUGAGAAGCCUUGGCCUCGAUCACUACGCCGACGCCAUGCGCAGGUACCUGCAGAGGUACCGCGAGAGCGAGGAGCUCGCGGCCGCGCUCAACAGCGGCAGCGGCAGCGGCAGCGGUGGGGGCAUCCAGAUCGACGUGAGGGCUGAGCUGUCGAUCUUCAGGGGCCACGAGCAGCAAGACAGAAAUUGACUGACCAGCAUCCGUGCAUGGAGUGUACUGUACUUGCAGAAUCAAUGCUCUGUCACCUCUGACGCGAUAAGAGUGCACGAAGCUCUCCUUAGAUCGAUAAGCAUGCCAUGGAAUCGUGUGUUUCUUUUUUUCUUGCUCAUGUUCUUGAUUGUGCUGUACCAUGUGUAACGUUCGUUCACGCACCAUACUCGAUGGUGCUAAAGGUGUACAAUUAUCUCCUCGUUUUCGUUUUGUGAGACGAUGCAAAUCACG